GACGCUCGGUGGUUCAGUUUUUCCUCGUCUGUCAGUGGUUUCGCAUCGCUUUUGCUACCGUCGCGGGUAGGACUAACGGUUGAUUCCGGUGGAACGCGCGCGCUUGGUGUUUUACAACUUACUCGGUGGUUAGGUGGAGAUUACCGUGAGUGAGAAGAUCUGACGAGUGUUUCUAGUUGUGGCCUAGCAAAUUGGUGGCAAGUGAAGAAAUUAUGCUGCUGACUAACGGACGUUAGUGGAGAGGCAGAAGAGUGUUUAAGUGAAAGUUCCGUAAAGUGGAUUUAUCGAACAGGUGAUACUGUCGGCACAUUCUUAGAGAAUUUAUUUUCGGAAGUGGGAGAAUAUUGUAUCGUCAAUGUGUUGGCUUGAUUAGAUAUUCUUGGGAUGAAAGCGGAUACGAAACAACAGGUUAGCACCCUAUGGAUGAACGAUUUGCUUGAAGUACUACUUAGUUGGUUAGACAAAUGAUCAUUGAGGUUAAAACCUUCGAGGUACCUGAUAACUAUCAUUGUCUCUGGCUAUUACCCGGAAAUGGUCUGUCGAGAGCCGACCAAAUUCCCCUAUAAAUGAUGAUUUAAUAUCGUUUGACUGAAUCAAUUUGGCCCAUUCCGCGAAUUCCGUUGCUGUUCCGAUGGAUGCCGAUGACAAACAUGACCGAUGCUGUACUUCGCAGCGACGCUACCGACAGCCUCCCCCGCAAGCCGGUCGGUUAGAGAUUUGCAAUUAAAAAUAACUCAAAACGUCGCACGCCAAACCCGAUGAACCAUUUCACGCGAUUGUCACGAAACGCCCCCACCCCUCGGAUGGUUGAACGCGCGCCAGUCGAGGAAGAUAUUAAUGUGACACGACCGUGAAUUAAUGGGACCCGCUCGACUGACUGCGGGGAAUGCACGUGUGCCGGUUGCUUUUUAUAUGCGUGCGUGUGUACGGACGAAAGUAAUGAAAAAUAAUUGAAAUGUUUAAACAAUAUAAGCGGCGAAAGUGAAAGAGGCAACAAACUCGGUUAAAAAUUCAUCUACUCAAGUCGAAUGGGUGUCUCAAGCAACGUCAACAGCAGUUGUUGAAGAAGCACAGUGAAUUCUACUAAUAUAAUAUAAGAAUGAUUACAUCUUCCUACGGUGCUAGCUCUGCUAUGGAUGAUUAGGGAGCAUUCGCGUGACGGAGUAAUAAAAUUAUAACGUAAGAGGAUCGUAAAAUGCGUCGAUGCAUUCGACGGUGUCAGUUAAGUGAAUCUCUAGCCUCCAACGCUUGCCGACUGGGGACUUAAGUGGAAAAGUGAACGCUGUACUCAUAGUUGCAGUUGUUUCUGCUAGCAAAUAGAUGAGUGUUUGCUUGUUUUUUCGUCAGCUGGUGUGCAACCUUAGUGCAAGAAUUACAACACCAGCAUCGCAACCUCCAUCCAGAACAGGAUAGGAUAGUGAACAGUAUACAAAACCAAUACAAUUAACCUCCACGGCAAAUAGCAGCAGAACUUUGCAGAACUGUGCGACCCUUCGGGGGACAAAGCCGGCCCAUCGUGGUCGUUAUCCAGCAAAACACCACGCUCUAAACUGGUGGUACUUUGUCGCACAAAUGAAAAAAAGCAAACAAACUAACAAGGAAAACAAACCUCCCAGCAGACACGCCAAUAUAGGAUAGAAAAUAAAAUACAGAAAGGUAGAUUAAAUAGAAAAGCAACCGUCCUCUCCAUUGCCAAAGCCAACAAGCAACCCCCACUGUCCAGGGAGAUGAGUUCGUCUACUACGACGGAUGCGACGGUGAGUCUGCUCGCUCAAAAACGGCUCGAAUGCUUGGACACACUCAAUGAAACGAUCGAUUCCUCCACGCGAGCUGGACUCUACUGUCGGGGGACCUGGGAUGGAUGGCUGUGCUGGCCGGAUACCGCAGCCGGAACAUCUGCCUAUGCACUGUGUCCGGGUUUCGUCACCGGUUUCGACCCCAACAGAUUUGCGCACAAAAUCUGCGAAGAGCACGGCGACUGGUUCCGGCAUCCGUUAACGAACAAAACCUGGUCCAACUACACAACCUGCAUAAAUUUCGAUGAUUUCGAGUGGAGGCAGCAGGUGAGAACGAUAUACGAAACGGGGUAUUCCAUAUCGUUGAUUGCACUCGUCCUGUCGCUUGGUAUUUUGAGCUAUUUCAGGUCACUGAAAUGUGCUCGGAUAACGCUACACAUGAACCUGUUCGCAUCGUUUGCCACAAACAACACCCUGUGGCUACUGUGGUAUCGGUUGGUGCUGGCGGACCCGGAAGUGCUAAGUGAAAAUGGGACACCCUGCAUCUCAUUGCAUCUGGUGCUGCACUACUUCCUGCUGACCAACUACGCCUGGAUGCUGUGCGAGGGUUUCUAUCUGCACACGGUCCUGGUAUCGGCAUUCGUGUCGGAGAAAAAACUAGUCCAGUGGCUCGUUCUGCUCGGCUGGACCGCACCCGCCAUCGUACUGACAGUGUACGGAAGUCUACGAAGCCACGCCAGCCCGGAAGAUAGGAUACAAUGCUGGAUGAAUGAAAGCGCCUAUGCGAACGUCCUGGUGGCCCCGGUAUGCAUAUCGAUGCUACUAAAUCUACUGUUCCUGUGUAAUAUAGUGCGGGUGGUACUGCUGAAACUAAAAGCCCCGGCCGGACCUCAGGGAACGGGACCAUCCCGAACGAUACUACAAGCAUUCAGGGCAACCCUGCUACUCGUUCCCCUGCUCGGCUUGCAGUACAUGCUAACCCCGUUCCGGCCGGAUCCGGGUCAUCCCUACGAACGAGCGUACGAAACGAUAUCCGCCUUUACGGCUUCAUUCCAGGGCCUAUUCGUUGCCGUCCUAUUUUGCUUCUUCAACGGAGAGGUAAUGGCACAAGUGAAGCGAAAGUGGCGCACGGUGUUCCUCCGGACGCGAACCAAUUCCUAUACAGCGACGCAAGUGUCCCCGGUCCGCUUGCAGUUUGUUCGCUGUGGUCCUCACGUUCCCGGUGAGGAGAAAGUCUGACUAAAGGAGUACAGCAGUGGUAUUCACAACAAGCAGCAAACAAACGUCAAAGAUCCGAGUAGUCAUUCCAACAACAACGCAACAACGAUGACAACGACAAUGGACACUGGGUCCGAAUCGAUCAAACCGAUGACGGGUAAAACGAACCCUCAGAAGAUCAAUGGGUCCUCCUCCGUCGACGUGGAUGGUGGGCUCGGUACCAGAUACCGAAGGAGAGGUUCGAUCGAGUGUAGACAUGUGAAACUGCCACUGCUGGAGGCUGCAGCGCAGCACGAUGGAAUUAUGCUGGGAGAAGAUGACUUCCCAGCGCAGCUCCUAAGCGAAACUGUCCCAGCGGAUGAAGUGUUGUAAUGUUUUAGUGUAAAGGUACCACGUGCCGAAAAUUAGCCAAAUAUAUUUAUAAAGUGAUAAUUUGGACAAUGUAGUCUUCUAUCGGUAGAUGCAUUUUUAUACUUAAUACCAUAGUCGUGUGUAAUGUGGAAGAAGCAGCAAUGCUUAACUUAAACGUAUAUGUCGAAAGCGCUUCAACUUUAGAAUACUAUAGUAGGCUACGCCUGAUUUGCAGGUCUAUGUGAUCACGUUCCUAAUAAACGAGACGAAACGUUG